AGUUAAGUUUACACACUGCAAGUCAUGUAAACGCAGUGAUACCCGCCAGCAUACUCGCAAAACAACGGAAGGACAUUAUCUAUCGUCUUAUUUGAGAGUAAAAACGCGAUCAUCGUUAAAAGGGGGCAGGGCAGAGGAUUACAUCACCGCCCACUUGCUAACGAUAUCUUGCGGCCUCCACUGUUUUGAUUCACAGCUUCGACGGGAGGGGCAGAGAUGGCGGAAGACGGCAAGUCCGGUUAACUACUUCAAGCUACCCUACUACUGCGGUAAAACUCCGUAUUACAAAAUAAAAUAUUGGAGUUAUCGGGGAAACUGGCAGCUUUGUACGGUACUCGACUCCGCCUGGAGGAAAUGGAGAUAUCGGCGGAGGGAGAGGCGGAGGAGCGCAGGAAGGAGCACUGGAAGCUACUCUCAAGCCUGAAGACCACAGUGGAGGGUCUUGUGUCCACCAACAAUCCCAACGUGUGGUCACGUUACGGCGGCCUGCAGCGGCUCCACAAGGACAUGAACAAUAUUCUGAGCCAUAGACUGAAAAAUGAGCAGGUGUACUACAAACAGAGAGACUAUUGGCCAUUUGUGUGGUGUGUUCGCUACAUCAGCCCCCACCUCGCCUCACACGUUGAACAGUUCAGUCACCUGGAGCCGGUGCUGAGCAGUGGGAUGCAGAGUGCUGGGGAGAGCUACAAGGCCGAGCGUUGGCUCCUUCACAGCUUACAGGUUCACAUGCUUUCUGCUCAGCUCCGACCCCUGCUCCGACAUCUAGGGCAUACACGUAAAUACUAUAAUGAUGAUGCCUUUCUGCUAAGUGAGCCUCAUGUGACCGCCAUGUUCCAGUGUCUGGAAGCAGUGGAGCAGAAUAACCCCAAACUGCUGGCCCAAGUAGACACAGUCGGGCUAUCCCCUCUGAAGGGCCCACUAUGUCUGGGCCUAUUAAAGAGCCAGAGCCUGUGUGUGUUGCCCGGGGUUGGUGGGGCUUGGAGGAACGCGGACUCGGCUCCCAGAAGAGAAUCUCUAAAUCGCAGACUCACCACCUCUAACUGCUCCCUCCAAGAAGCAGUUGCCACUAGCAAUAACUCAGGGAACACUACUGGAAUCGGAUCCCAAAACGGCAAAAGCACAAGUGAGGAAAGGGUGAAGAGUGUCAAGUAUACUACCUCUGCAGCCAGCAGGUCGGGAGCUCCCUGGAUAUGUGUGUCCCAGCCGGGGGAAAGCGAGCAAAGUGUUACACACAAUCCUGGCCCUGUUGCCAUCUCCUUCACAGAGUCUCCCUUGUCCACCACCUUUCAGCCUGAGGCCGGGGAUUCUGGUGAAGGCGACUAUGACGAUGGUCCGGAGUACUUGGCUAUUGGUAACCUCGGGCAACGCAGCCGCUGUGACUCUCGAAGCUCCACCCACAGCAGUGAGCAAGGUGUCCCUCUGGAGCAGUCACUGCAACAAAGUUCCCUAGCCCGGCCCCCACCCAGAUGUUCAUCUUUUUCAGAGGGCCAGAGGGGGCCGGAGCGGGGGUCCCGAGCACACACCCGCUCGUUUUCUGACACAGGCAUCAAUCAGAAACUCAAGAACGGAGUGGGCCACAGAAAAAUCACCAUAAUAAUAGAAGAUCCGGUAGCAGAAUCAGCAGUUGAGGACUGCUGUAUUAAGAACUACAGCCCUUUCUCACCUCAGCGCGAGGAUGCCAGCACUCCCAGUUCCAUGUACAUGGAGUCUCAUGGGUCCCAGUACAGCAGCAGCGUUACAGACGGGAUGUUCAGGAAGCCGUCAGAGGGUCAGAGCCUCAUCAGCUACCUGUCGGAGCAGGACUUUGGCAGCUGUGCUGACCUUGAGAAGGAGAAUGCUCAUUUCAGCAUUUCAGAGUCCCUUAUUGCUGCCAUUGAGCUAAUGAAGUACAACCUGCGGCGUCAGGAGGAGGAGGGCGAGGAGGACGGAGACAGCGACUGUGAGAUUCAGCAGCUCAAACAGAAGAUCCGCCUGCGGAGGCAGCUGAUCCGACGCAGCCGCCUGCCACCCUGCGCAAACUACCAGCACCUUUUCCACUCCACUGACAGCGGAUGCUCCCGGAGGAGCUCUCAGGACUCCUGCGAUGGCCUGUCUGAUUCCGGCUCAGCUGAGGAGGUGGAGGAGUGUGAACUACGAGAUGGCUGUGAGGGUCAGUCCCUGUUGGCGGUGUCUCAGAACGGCCUCUCCCUGUCACUCGCCUCCCUCUUCUCAGAUGCAGACAUUAAGCGCAGGAUAAGCUCCAGCAGCAGGUCGUUUCUCAGCUCAGAGUCCAUCUCUCCAUCUUUCCUCCAGUCUAACUCGGCUGAGUCAGUAGCCAUGGGUUUACUCCGGCAAUUUGAGGGCAUGCAGCUUCCUGCAGCCUCGGAGCUUGACUGGCUGGUCCCAGAACAUGACGCUCCACAGAAGCUGCUGCCCAUCCCUGAUUCUCUGCCGAUCUCGCCUGAUGAUGGCGAACACGCUGACAUCUACAAGCUGAGGAUUCGGGUCAGAGGCAACCUGGAGUGGGCACCGCCGCGACCACAGAUCAUCUUCAACAUUCAUUCCCCCCCCAAGAGGAAGAUAGUUGUGGCUAAACAGAACUACCGCUGCGCUGGCUGUGGCACCCGCAUCGACCCAGAUUAUAUCAAGCGACUGCGUUACUGUGAAUACCUCGGCCGUUACUUCUGCCAGUGUUGCCAUGAGAAUGCGCAGGCGGUGGUUCCCGGCCGAGUGCUGAGGAAGUGGGACUUCAGCAAGUACUAUGUCAGCAAUUUUGCCCGGGACCUGCUGAGCAAGAUCACUGGAGACCCACUGUUCAACCCCAGUGACAUAAACAGUGGCCUGUACAAGAAGAUCAAAGCUCUGGAGACUGUCAGGAUUUUGAGGGUGCAGCUGUUUCAUAUGAAGAAUCUCUUCAAGACUUGCCGCUUUGCUAAACAGGUGCUGGACCAAUUUGACAGCCUGCCAGGUCACCUCACAGAGGACCUUCACCUCUUCUCCCUCAGUGACCUCACUGCUGUGCGCAACGGGGAACUGGCUCCCCGAAUGAAAGAGCUGCUUAAACUUGGUACCAUGCACGUAGCUGGCUGUGUGCUGUGCCAGGCGAAAGGCUUCGUGUGCGAGUUUUGCGGCAACGACAAAGACAUCAUCUUUCCUUUCCAGCUGAACAAGUGCCAGCGCUGCGAAGAAUGUCAUGCCUGUUACCAUCGCAGCUGCUUCCGGGCGGGUAAAGACUGUCCUCGAUGUCAGCGGCUGGCAGAGCGGAGAGAAAGGAUGGCGCGCAAAAACAUGGAGGAACAAGAAGACGAGGGAGGUGGGCCCUAGUGAUGCUCACAGAAAAAAUCUCUAAGACAAAAGAAGAGCACAAUGCAACCCUGAUGGUAGUCACGACCGCCUCUUUCCGUUCCAGUUUGCUCAGACCUGAGUGACAAUACAGCAAACAAAUGUUUUGAUCUCUAGAGAUUGCCAGGUUUGCGGGUUUUUACUACAUCCGGGCAUCAGUUGUUUUUGUAAAAUCUGUUGAUUUAAAUGCAUUUAGUGUAAGCUUAAACCCCUUUCACACAGGCACUUUGCUCUGUAAAUUGUGAGUUGAUAGGAGUCGAUUUUCUGUGAAAAUGUUGUGACUUUUACGGAGAAAUUGCCCCGGCGUUGCAAAUUUCUGAUCAGAAUUUCCUAGAGGGAACAUGGCUUUAAGAAUAUUCCAACAUUUUAAGAAACUUUAUGACUUUGGUGACUACUAGUGGCAGUGUCAAAAAAGAAAUUGUGACAGAAGUGUGCAAAAAGGGCUUGAGAUUUACUAAAUGUCAAGGCACUUUGUUCCUCUCUGGUAAAACUAAUAUAUUUAGAAUUUAAGAAGAUCAGGAAAACUAGUAUUUAAAACGAGUAUUCUAACCAGGUUUGAUAUUUCUCCUUGCUACAAUUGCAGAUUCUGGCAACUGCUUCAACUCUGUUAAUUUAAUUGGCAACUGGCUUAGCUGAAGCUUUCUUUAGUGAUCUAAAAUAGCAGGAUCUAUUUAAA